AUGACGAAGACGCCCAUACCCCUCGAGAGCACUUUGGGAGCAAGAGAAGCUACAAAGCAACUCAAAGACUCUAAAGACUUCUUUGCUAGUCAAAGCAAGAGGGGCAGGAGUCCCGCAGUGAGGAUGAACGAAGGCAUAAGGAACUUGACCGUCAGUCUGGACAACAGGACUGAAGCGCUGAAGGAGAUUUGGCAUGAGAGGAAUCAAGUCAGAGAGAAGAAGAAUGACAAAAUGGACACCAUUGACCAAGUGAUACAGCUGGCUAAAGAGGCAGGGGCAACAGAGGAAAAUGAGAGGCAGUGGAUUGAUGUCCUCAUGAUCACCCAAAACGAAGCCGCUAUGAGAAUGUUUAAAAAGUCAGAAGCAAAAGGAAGGAUGGCCAUCAUUAAGCACUAUGCCGGGUCGUUAACUAGACCCUCUUAA